GUCAACAAAGUUUGCGGUUUAAGUUAUUUCAACUUUUUUGUCUGCAUUUUCAAUCGGAUUUCAAUUGAAUAUUGAGUUUUGAUUUCGUUAUUCAAUUAAUUGUCGUUUCACUCGACGUAAUGACUCAUCAGAGCCAUAGAGCAGCUCUUCAGCAGAUCCUGCAGACGGGUGGGACACCCAAAGAGCAGACCGACCGGUAUCGUUCAUUUCUGGAGAAUAUCCUCAAGUCGUCGCCCGAAGAGGUGGAGGAAGGGCUCAAGGCUUUCAUCGAGACGAUUGUCAACGAAAACGUAUCGCUCGUCAUCUCUCGCCAACUGUUGACAGAAGUGUCUCAACACUUGCCAUCACUGCCGGCGACGGUGUCGAAGAGCAUCUCGCACUACACGCUGGAGAGGGUGUACCCGAGGGUCGUGUCGUUCGAGGAGCAGGUGUCGGCCAUCCGGCAGCACUUGGCGCUCAUCUACGAGAAGGAGCACAACUGGAAGGAGGCGGCGCUCGUCUUAGUGGGCAUUCCUCUGGAGACGGGACAGAAGCAGUACUCCGUGGACUACAAGCUGGAGACGUACCUGAAGAUCGCGCGCCUAUACCUGGAGGACGACGACCCGGUGCAGGCCGAGGCCUUCAUCAACCGGGCGUCGCUCCUGCAGGCGGAGACCACUAACGAGCAGUUGCAGGUCAUGCAUAAGGUGUGCUACGCCCGGGUCCUCGACUACCGGCGCAAGUUCAUCGAAGCCGCGCAGAGGUAUAAUGAACUGUCCUAUCGGACCAUCAUUCACGAGGACGAGCGCAUGACUGCCCUCAAGAACGCCCUCAUCUGCACCAUAUUGGCGUCGGCCGGUCAACAGAGGUCUCGGAUGUUGGCCACGCUCUUCAAGGACGAGAGGUGUCAACAGUUGCCGGCCUAUAAUAUACUCGAGAAGAUGUAUUUGGACCGAAUCAUCAAGAGGUCAGAGUUGGACGACUUCUCGGCGCUCCUACAGCCCCACCAAAAGGCGCAGACGUCUGUCGGCUCAUCAAUUCUGGACCGAGCGGUCAUUGAGCACAACCUGUUGUCCGCCUCUAAGCUCUACAAUAACAUAACUUUUGUCGAAUUGGGAGCACUUCUCGAGAUCGAGUCGACCAAAGCCGAGAAGAUUGCCUCUCAGAUGAUAACUGAGAGCCGGAUGAAUGGUUUCAUCGAUCAGAUCGCGGGUAUCGUUCACUUCGAGACGCGAAAUGUUUUACCGAAUUUCGAUAAACAAAUCGAGAGCUUAUGCUUUCAAGUGAACAAUAUUAUCGAAAAAGUGGGACAAACUGUUCCCGAAUGGAUGCAAAAGACCAUCGAUCAGCAGUCCAUUCAAUAGGAUUAGCAGUUAUUUGAGAAAUUCAUUGAAUAUUUAAUGAGAAA